GGCCUCUGGCGGGGCCAGGGCGGCACUGAAAACCGAUCUCCAGGAGGGCGUGGCUCCCAAAUGCUGGCAAAUAUAAAAUUCCAGGGAGCCAGCACCGUCUGAAGACCAGCGGCAGGCACGAGGAGCCACCCGGCAAGCCCCUCAGUUCCUGGGCCUCGAAGCGGUAAGCCCCAGUGUAGGAGGAGCCUUGGGAGGGCCUGGGGGCUGCAGGUGGGGUCCCGCAGGCCAAGAUGGGACAGACGGAGGGAGGCAGAUGUUUGUGCCACAGAUAGAAGGAGAAAUGCCAGGGGAAAAUCACUGCAGGGGGCUGACAUAUAAGUCACAUGCGGUGACAGAUGCUCACACUCACACCCAUCCAGAGACAUUCACAGGCAGACACACACACACACAAACCCAAAGGCAGACACAGGGAGAAGACAGCCCCGCUCACAGGCUUGCCUCACCCGUCAGAUAGGCCAGCCUCACCGUGGCUCAUUCACCUGGAAGCAUGUGGUAUUUAAAAACUCCCCGUCCCAUCUGCACACCCAUCGAGAGACAUCUGUCUACCCACUGUGUUUCAGAUGCCCAUGGCGUCCCCCCAAACCUUGCUCCUCUGCCUGCUGGUCCUGGCAGUUACUGAAGGCUGGGGUCGGCAGGGGGCCAUUCCAGGCUGUCACUUGCACCCCUUCAACGUGACAGUGAGAAGUGACCGCCAAGGCACCUGCCAGGGCUCCCAUGUGGCACAGGCUUGUGUGGGCCAUUGCGAGUCCAGCGCCUUCCCUUCCCGGUACUCUGUGCUGCUGGCCAGUGGCUAUCGACACAACAUCACUUCCGUGUCUCAGUGCUGCACCAUCACUGGCCUGAGGAAGGUGAAAGUGCAGCUGCAGUGUGGGGGGGACCGGAGGGAGGAGCUGGAGAUCUUCACAGCCAGGGCCUGCCAGUGUGACAUGUGUCGCCUCUCACGCUACUAGCCCAUCCCUCCCCGCCUCCCUCCCCUUGCUCAGAGGGUCUGAGCUGGGUAUAUCCUGUCUGUCCUGGGCCUCACUGAGGAUGGCAGCUCCGACCUUAAGAUUCUGUAAUCGUCACC